AGAAACUUUAUUUUAUUUAUUCAUUUAUUUGUUUAUUAUUUUCCCUUUUUUAUAAUUAAUUUCUUCUUACUUUCUAUCUUUUUGUGUCUAAAUUUUUUUUUGUUGAAAAUUUUGAACAUAGAGAAGAUAAAGGGUCGGUGGAUUUGUAUGUUGAAUUAACAGCAAAACCCUCCUUUUUCUUUUUUCCCUCAUCAUCUUCUCUCAUUCUUCUUAGUUCUUCCAUUUCUUUUCAUUUUCGUUUAAAUAAAUUAUAAUUUUUUUUUCCUUUUUUCAGUUUCUCUCCUUCUUCUUCAUCUUCAUCAAUUUCUCUUUUUGAAAAAGAACAAAAAACUAUAUCAUAAUAUAUUGAUUUAAAACUUAGGAAGAGUUUUGAUGUCGUCCUCUUAGGAUGAUAGGAUUUGGAAACCACAGCCAGCUCAAGUAAUUGAGAUAUCAUGAGAAAUAAUAAUACUAAGAUUGUUAAUCCAACCAUCAUCGGUAGCGGCGGUAGUGGUGGCGGAAGCGGCGGCGGGUCGGAUUCGUUAUUAGAUGCAAAGCUUGAACAACAUCAGAUGUGUGGAUCUAAGCACUGUCCUGGUUGUGGACAUAAGCUUGAAGGAAGGCCGGAUUGGGUAGGUUUACCAGCAGGAGUGAAAUUUGAUCCAACAGAUCAAGAAUUGAUAGAACAUCUAGAAGCUAAAGUUAAAUCAAAAGAUAUGAAAUCUCAUCCUUUGAUUGAUGAAUUUAUUCCCACAAUUGAAGGAGAAGAUGGAAUUUGUUAUACCCAUCCUGAGAAACUUCCAGGAGUUACUCGAGAUGGAUUGAGUAGGCAUUUCUUUCAUAGGCCAUCGAAGGCAUAUACGACGGGGACGAGAAAGCGGAGGAAGAUACAAACGGAGUGCGAUUUACAAGGUGGGGAGACGCGGUGGCAUAAGACGGGAAAGACGAGGCCGGUGAUGGCGAAUGGGAAGCAAAAAGGGUGUAAGAAAAUAUUGGUUCUUUAUACAAAUUUUGGGAAGAAUAGGAAGCCAGAAAAGACUAAUUGGGUGAUGCAUCAAUAUCAUUUGGGUCAGCAUGAGGAAGAGAAAGAAGGGGAGCUUGUGGUUUCUAAGAUAUUUUAUCAAACACAGCCAAGGCAGUGCAAUUGGUCGGAGAGAAGUUUGGCCGCUGCCGAGGGAAAUUUCGAGGUUGCAAAUUUGAGUCGACGGGAGACGAGUGCUGUGACGACAGGGAGUUGUUCUUCUAUGACUCAGGCUGACGACGUGUCUCCGGCCGCCACAACCGGUGUUGGAUGUUCAAUUUCUAGCUUUAGUUCGAUGGAUAUUCAACAUCUCAAAUCUGACCAUUUUGGGUUUGUCCCAUUUCGAACAACGUUUGAUGAUCAGGUGGGGAUGGAGGAGGGUUCGACAGAAAGGAAAAUAGGUUCAAAGGAUGGAAGAGGUAGCGGUGAGUUUGAGUUGCGAGACCACCGUCAUCAAAGAGCAGCACCUCUAGAUCAUCAUCAUCAUCAGCUUGUAGUGGCCCACGACGACCAUCAUCAUCAUCAUUCAGUUGUUAACCAUCAUCUACCAACCACAACCUUCCACGUCACAAAUCCGACUCAUCAAAUCUCCAGCAUCGUCAUCUCUCCUCCUCCUCUUCUUCUUCUCGAUCACGACUCGUAUCAUCAUCAUCAUCAUCAUCACUCUCCGAUCAUCCUCCAAAAUCAACCCUUUCAUCAGGAGGAGCAGCAAGAAGAAGGUGAAAGUGAACAUCAUAAAAUGGGAGGAGGAAGGUCAGCAUCAGGCUUGGAAGAACUCAUCAUGGGUUGCACUUCUUCUUCCAUCAAACACCAACCUCAGGAAUCAUCCAUGCCAAGUGGCCGAGAGACAGAUCAAUGGAUGAAGUAUUCAUCGUAUUGGCCCGACCCGAACAACCCAAACCUCCACGGUCAUGGAUAGUUCGAUCAAAAAACCCGACACAAAAUUCAUCAUAUAUCCCUCAUCAUUGGUACUUCAAAAAAAAAAACUUUCAAACUUGUUGAAUUGAAACCCACGUCAAAGUUCAUACUUAUAUAUAUACAUAUAUUUCUUCU